CGGAGAGGCAGUGGCCGGUGCAGUCAGGGCGGCGAUGGCGGCGAAUGCGGUGACGGCAGCAGCGGCGGCCCCAGCCCCGGCGGCCGGCACAGAUGGCGCCUCCUCAGUGCAUUGGUUCCGCAAGGGGCUUCGGCUUCACGACAACCCGGCGCUGCUGGCGGCAGUGCGCGGGGCGCGCUGUGUGCGCUGCGUUUACAUCCUCGACCCUUGGUUCGCGGCCUCCUCCUCGGUCGGGAUCAAUAGAUGGAGGUUCCUACUUCAGUCGCUGGAAGAUUUGGACACAAGUUUAAGGAAACUGAACUCCCGCCUGUUUGUAGUCCGGGGACAGCCAGCGGACGUGUUCCCAAGGCUGUUCAAGGAAUGGGGGGUGACCCGCUUGACCUUUGAAUAUGACUCUGAGCCCUUUGGGAAAGAGCGGGAUGCCGCCAUCAUGAAGAUGGCCAAGGAGGCUGGUGUGGAGGUGGUGACUGAGAACUCUCAUACUCUCUAUGACCUGGACAGGAUCAUCGAGCUAAACGGACAGAAGCCACCACUUACCUACAAGCGCUUUCAGGCCAUCAUCAGCCGCAUGGAGCUGCCCAGGAAACCUGUGGCCUCCGUGACCAGACAUCAGAUGGAGAGCUGCCCGGCCGAGAUCCAGGAGAACCAUGACGAAGCCUACGGCGUGCCCUCCCUGGAGGAGCUGGGGUUCCCCACCGAAGGACUUGGCCCAGCUGUUUGGCAAGGAGGAGAGACGGAAGCUCUGGCCCGCCUGGACAAGCACUUGGAACGGAAGGCCUGGGUUGCCAACUAUGAGAGACCCCGAAUGAACGCCAACUCCCUGCUGGCCAGCCCCACAGGCCUCAGCCCCUACCUGCGCUUUGGCUGCCUCUCCUGCCGCCUCUUCUACUACCGCCUGUGGGACCUGUAUAAAAAGGUGAAGCGGAACAGCUCACCCCCCCUCUCCCUGUUCGGGCAACUCCUGUGGCGAGAGUUUUUCUACACGGCAGCCACCAACAACCCCAGGUUUGACCGCAUGGAGGGGAACCCCAUCUGCAUCCAGAUCCCCUGGGACCGCAACCCUGAGGCCCUGGCCAAGUGGGCCGAGGGCAAGACAGGCUUCCCUUGGAUUGACGCCAUCAUGACCCAACUGAGGCAGGAGGGCUGGAUCCACCACCUGGCCCGGCACGCCGUGGCCUGCUUCCUCACCCGCGGGGACCUCUGGGUCAGCUGGGAGAGCGGGGUCCGGGUGUUUGACGAGCUGCUCCUGGACGCAGACUUCAGCGUGAACGCGGGCAGCUGGAUGUGGCUGUCCUGCAGCGCCUUCUUCCAGCAGUUCUUCCACUGCUACUGCCCUGUGGGCUUCGGCCGCCGCACGGACCCCAGUGGCGACUACAUCAGGAGAUACCUGCCCAAAUUGAAGGGGUUCCCCUCUCGAUAUAUCUAUGAGCCCUGGAAUGCCCCAGAGUCAAUUCAGAAGGCAGCCAAGUGCAUCAUCGGUGUGGACUACCCACGGCCCAUCGUCAACCAUGCCGAGACCAGCCGGCUCAACAUUGAGCGAAUGAAGCAGAUUUACCAGCAGCUGUCUCGCUACCGGGGACUCUGUCUGCUGGCAUCUGUCCCGUCCUGCAUGGAAGACCUCAGCAACCCAGUGGCAGAGCCCAGCUUGAGCCAGACCGGGAGCAUGAGCAGUGCAGGCCCCAAACCACUACCCCGUGGCCCAGCAUCCCCCAAGCGCAAACUGGAAGCAGCUGAGGAGCCGCCUGGUGAAGAACUCAGCAAGCGGGCCAGGGUGGCGGAGUUGCCCGCCGCGGGGCUGACGAGCAGGGAUGUCUGAGACUGCAGCGCUGUGGCUCCGUGAGCAAAGCCUGGGUGCCCGAACAGCCACCACGGCAGCAGAGAGCAACCGGCAGAAAAGCUGAUCGACAGAUCAAGCGAACGUGUGUGUGUGCGCGCGUGCAGAGGAAGGAGUGUGUGCCUAUUUGCGUGUGCAUGCCUCUGUUUACACUCUUGUGAUUCUGAACACUGCCUGGGCUGGAGAGGUACCUGUAACAGCUUCACCUCAGUCUUCAGACACCAGGUUAGAGGUCAGGGCUGUGAUUUUCAGCCACCACCUGUCCCUGCGAGCCAGCUGCCUUGUCUAAACAGAAGAGUAGGGCCAUAGCUGUGACUCCAGCAUCUGCCCCUCCCCCAGCCCUUCCUUCCUCCCUCCUCACAUCAGACUGAGAAGCAGGAGGGCAACAUUUCUGGCUCUUAUCCAGAGCGUGGGAUUCUAGAGGCGGCCAGAGCCCUGCUGAGCUCCUCCCGACCCUGGACACAGUCCCCUAGCUUGGUUUCUUUCUUUUUUAAAAAUUCCCUGUCACUGGGUCCCCCAGACCCUUCCUCAGGCAUCUAGGACAGAGCACAAGGCUGUGGGCAGAUCUGUAAACUUUCCGUCGUACAGAAGUGCGUACGCCAGUACCUGUGUGCACGGCCGGUACUGUAGACGGAGCCUAGGACGUGCAUCCACCUUGGGCUCCCAACCUAAGGUUAGAAAUAGUAUCCCAGCUCUCACUGCUCCUUCUCUAGAAGCUGAGAGCCAGCCUCAGAGCUGACCAUGGAGACCCAGGGCCUCCACCAGGAGGAGGCCAGCUUCCUAGCUCCUCUGGCCACACUCCAGGAACCACAAUGCUGCCAUUGAGGCCAGCUGACACCUAUCCAGGGGAGCCAUUCUAGUCUGCUCUGCAGUCUUCCACAGCCUGCCCAGGACUGAUCAGCUUCCAAGCUGCCAUGUUAGCCCUGCCGGGAGCUGGGGGCCAAGGACCCAGGCAGAUGGACUCGGGUGGGGACUGCCAGGCACAAUUGGUUAAGGUCUAAGUAGAGAGCCCACCCAGCAACCAAUCCAACACACCAGAAGCAGCAGGCGGGAGGCUUGACCCAGAGAAACAAAGUCCUUACAUUCCAGGAGUGGCCUGUGCCUCCCACCUCAACCUCCCACUGUCGAAGGCCUGUCUUGAGAAAAAUAAUGGAAAGAAGGACUGGUCAGCUGCAGCAAGUCUUCUUUCCACCCUGUGGCCUGUACUUGAGCCACAAAGUAUGAGUGUGUGCGCGUGUGUGUGCGCGUGUGUGCGUGUGUGUGCGCGUGUGUGCGCGCGUGUGUGUGUGCGCGCGCACGCGCACGCGUGCACUCAUAGCUGAGAGGCUAAUUCCUCUGGAUUUUUGUCUUUACAUGUAACAUUAAGCUGGCCUCUGGGCCUUCUCCUCUACCUCCCUGUGACCUUUCCCAGCCUCCUAGCUGUUAACUCCCUGGGCCCCAGCCCUGUCCCUCACUGUCCUCUGUCCUGGGACCAGUCCCUGGGCUCAGGCCCAUCCCCGUUAGCUGCCCAGCACACUGACAGGCUUCUUCCUGAGAUUCGCUCAGCCACAGAGCUGCCUCUAGAGUCCAACUGUUGUAUGUAUGUCACCCUCCCUAGAACUGUCCCGUAUCCUGUGGGGGAGCAGGGCACAGGUGACGGUGUGUAUCUGAAACCUUUCCCUAAGCCCCAGCCAGGAGGAAAGAGAACUGGGGACUGUUGCCAGAAGGGGACCAGAGCAAGCCUGGAAUGGCUGGUCUGAAAAACUGAGAAGGCCAGAGGGCUUAGGGCCAGGUCAUAUUUAUUUAGCAGCACCUUCACAUAUCAGGAUGAGCCCCCUCUCCCGCCUAUAUCAUGAUGGCUCUCUUCCCUAAGGUAUAAGUUGGCCAGACCACAUACCCCUACUUCAUCCUCCCUGGUAUGCUGGCCCAUUCCCAGUGGAAUAGAGUGGUCUACUCCAGGAGCUGGGCAGAGUGAGGUGAGGAAAGGGUGCAUCCAGGGGCCUGGAGUUCCGUGAUGGCUUUGUGCUCCCCUCUCCGGGCCCAGGUGUCCCUGGGGGCUGUUGCAGAGCGUUGCCCCAAAUCCUGAUCCAAGGGCCAGCAGGGGAAGAGAUGGUCACAGGCUAAAUGCACUUUAUAUAGAGAUUUUCUGUUGCUGGGAAAGUGUUUCUCCCACAGUUUGUGAACAUUCACCUGUUUCAUAAACGUCUGAUCCUGUCUGAGCAAAGCUGUGCUGUCGUCAAUCUUGUGGGAGGUCCGAGGACGGAGAGUAAGGCUGAGCCUGAGCGAAGCCUUAAGCCAGACCAUCUUGGUUCUGCUGGAACCAGGAGCCUCUCACCGCUCCUGGGAGGUGUGGUUGGGGAGAGAGAGGAAGGGGGAGACUCCUAGGUGAGCAAUUGGAGCACCAGAUCUUUGUCAGUGUUGGGGGUCCAUCAGCCAGGAUGGUACGGAGCACUCUAGGCCCAGGAUGAGGUUCCUGAGUGCUCUCUGCAUUGGCCCAGCCUUUGGUCUGCUUAAACCCCCCAAGCUGGGGAUCAGUCAGGCCCUUGUCCAUCCUUUACCUCAUCUCCACCUCUUAAGCCAAAGCUGUGUGGUGCAGAAGGGAUGCACGCCCUCUAGCUUUGGUUAGGUGGCCGAGAUCUGCCCACAGCCAAGACCAGGGCCUGGAUGCUGAUUGUCUCAUGCCAUCUGACCAGAGUGGCCCUCUCUGUGCAGUGUUCAUGGGCUUUCCUGUGACCAGUGGAAGUGAGAGCAUUAGCCCACACGCCAGCUUCCUGUGGGAAGGGGCUCAGGCAAGGACCAAGCGUAUCACAAGCUGCCCUGCAGGGAGUGAGAAGGGAAAGGGAGGGACUUGACCCUGGGACUUGUUUCAUUCUUGGCUCUGCUUUGAAGCCCCCGGUGGCCCCUUCCCUUUUCCCUUCUCCUGGCUUCUAUGUAAAGUGGCCCUGGCUUAGCCUCGGGAGCCAAGAACAAGGGAUACCUUUGUUCCUGAGAAAAAUGUUUUGGAAGAUGGAGUUUUCCCAUACACACACACACACACACACACACACACACACACUUAACCUGAGAUGCCCCCUAUUUGAGACAGACACACACUCUAAGGAACAAUCAUUAGCUGUGAUGGUAAGAUUGCUUUCCUGGGAGGAAAAGCCAGGCACCAUAGCAGUAGGUGGUAACUGUUUGGGCAGUGAAAGGAGUCUGGGCCACGAUAGCAGGAAAGGUAAAAUGGCCAUUCCUCUGGGCCUGGGGCAGGGAAACCAAGGCCUUUGGCGCCAUGUAUAGGGUAUCUGUUCUUGGGGCUGGAGCUGGGGGUUGUUUGCUGAAGGCCUGGUGCCUGCAGCUCUUUUCUGGGUGCUACAUUGAAGGAAAAGGGGGUGAUUAACCAGUUGGCAGUCCAGGUUUGUAAAUAGGGUUCCACAAGCUGUGAAACAGUUUGCUCCGCCCCUUCUUCAGGGAGGGGUGAAGGACAGGACCUGUCUGGUUGUCUGGAGUGGCCAGAGAAGCCAGUGAGGUUUGGCUAGCAGCUCUAUGACUCACCAAAGCUGGGGCCCUGGCCUCGGCCAGCAGCCUGCAUGUCCAGCAAUCCAUGCUCUGUGACAGAACUUGCAGAACUAGCCUUAAGGGAGAGAAGACCAGGAAGAAACAAAUCACAGCCUAAACCUGAUAUGGAUAGAGGUGCUGGAAGGAGCAACAACAAAAAACA